AGCGGGGAGGGGCCGGGGCUGGGGGCGCAGCGGAGCGGGGCUGAGCGGGCGAGAGCGACCGGGAGCGGGGCUGCCGGUACCGGGGGAGGGCGGUCCCCCACUCCCCAUAGUCCCCGAGAAUCUGGGGAUCCCCAAGAGGACCCCAAGCUGCCUGCGGGCAAGGGUCCCCGCUGCCCCCGGCCCCCCGAGACCCCCCAUCUCAUCCCCCUGAACCCUGCGUGGUGGCUUCAUAGGAAAAUAAUGAUCCUGGUGCACGUCCGCCUUGUGCUCAUCAGGCUACGGUGACCCGCGACACCCACGGGCGUUUCGUGGCCACAGGGUGGGCACUGGGGUGCCAGCCCCCACGGUCCCCUCGCACCGGCCGACCCUGGACCCAGCGCUCCCACCGCUCCCCACCCAUUGCUGAUGCCGGUGGCUGCCAGAGACCGGAGCUAGAGGCAGGAUCCAGGGUGCAGAGCCAUGAAGCUGAAUGAGCGGAGCCUGGCCUUUUAUGCCACCUGUGACUCCCCAGCAGACAACACUGGCUUCCUCUACAAGCGCGGCGAGCGGCACACGGCAUACCAUCGCCGCUGGUUUGUGCUCAAGGGCAACAUGCUCUUCUACUUUGAGGAGCGGGAGAGCCGGGAGCCGCUGGGAGUCAUCGUGUUGGAGGGUUGCACCGUGGAGCUCUGUGAUUCGGCCGAGGAGUUCUCCUUUGCUAUCCGCUUUGGCGGUGCCAAGUCCCGCACCUACGUGCUGGCAGCAGAGAGCCAGGCUGCCAUGGAGUCGUGGGUGAAGUCGCUCUCACGAGCCAGCUUUGACUACAUGCGCCUGGUGGUGCGGGCACUGGAGAAGCAGCUGGAGGAGAUGCGCUGGGGACCAGCUGGUGGCUGCAGUGGCUGCCAGGGCUUGCCCGGCUCCUGGAAGCCAAAGCCCAUGGGGCUGGAGCGGUCCCCAGAGCGGUUGCCGGCUCUGCCCACUGUCCUGCCAAAGGAGAAUGGCUGCGCAGUGUGGAACAAUGUGCCGGGAGCGGACCGGCUGCCCGGUGCCUCUGGCUGCACCAGGCACGAUAGCGAGGGGAACCUGCGGCCACCACCGCUGCCACCGCGCAGGUGGGCAUCAAGCAGCGAGGCAGGCAGUGCCAGAGUGGCCGCAGCGGAAAGCCUGUCCACCUUCUGCCAACUCCAUGAGCAGUAUGGCCGGGAGGUGGCCCAGCUGCGGCAGGACUGGCUGGAGAGGCGGCGUGGCCCCCGGCCCUGAGAGGUGGCUGAGCCCUGGGGACCUUCCAGGACCCGAUGAUCAUCCUUGGUGCUGCCUCAGUCCUCUCCUCACUCUGGGAUGUGCAGCCUUGUCCAUGGCUGUGAUGGACACCUGCUGACGGUGCCACAGAGGGCCCAGCACUGAGGGACAUCAGUGUGCUCUGUGAUGGUGAAAUGCCAGCCUGGCACUGGUGGCAGCUGGGCUCAGCGUGCCACCAGCCAGCCAUGAAAUCCCAGGGCUGCUGGGGCUGCCAGCUCUCAGGCAUCUCGUGAUCUCAGGCAUCUUGCAGGGGUGCAUGCCACUGGCCAUGCCUCGGUGCGGGGUGGCCCAUCCAGCGCAAGCAAGCUACAAACCACUUGCUGGCUGAUGCCUCCUGAGAAUCAGCCACUGCACUGGGUCUGGUAGGGCCUCUUGAUGCUCUUGCAGCAGGAUCAUGCACCAGCAAUGCUUUUGGAGGAGGAUUUUGAUGGCAUGUCACCCACCUGAGCCUCUGCACCGUUUUUCACAGCCGGGGAGCCUGCUACUGCCUUCCCCUCCCUGCCCAACACAAGUGAUUGGCUGAGGUCAGCUGAGCUCCACCAGAUCCCUCUGCUCCAGCAGGAUGUGGUUUGCAAAUGAAAAUAUCAGUGAGCGCAGUCCUUCCUUAAUGGCAGCGGCACGGCAUGUCCCAGCUGCCUGGGGAGCUGGUGAUACCCAGCCCUGGGUGUUCUGCAUAGGGUGAUGGCUGCUUGCAGCCCAGCCAGUGAAACCAUGGAGGGGACAGAUGCAAGGAGAACACAGAAACUGCAGGCACUGCCUCGCCGGGUGGAUAUUUCAAGUCAGAGCAUCAUCCCCAGGCUGGCUUGUGAAGGGGAAGCAUCGCUUGCGGUGGUGAGCAGGAACAUAUGUGUCAGCAGCGGAGCGUGUCGAAUGAUUCAUGUGCUAAACCAGAGUGAAGCUGGUGUCUCAUACCGGUGCUUCUCUUCCCCCAGUGGUUUAUAUCAACACUAAAGCUGCUGGCCUGGAGGUGGGAUGACCUACCAUAGGUCUGGGGGGAGCAGACAGGGCACCACAGGCUUGGGCUGGGUGGCUCUGGUUCCCUUUGACCCCUUGGGACAGGCACCAGAUUUUGUUUGUUACAAUAAAAGUUGUUUCAGAAA